AUGCAAUAAAUUGAAAUACCUGAUUUCAGAUUCAUAGAAAAUACCGAUGAUGUACACAAGUUCGAGGAUGCAAUUAAUUUUUGUAUUAAGAGGAAAAAUGAAAUCGACACUGUGAAUGUCAACUUAAACUAAAAAAUAAAGAAUUAUGUAGAUGGCGAAGAUCCAUAUUACAGAGAAAUUCAAGUCAAAAGUGAAGAGUUACAUUCAUAGGCACUGAACUGCACAAAAAUAUUCGAAUAAUUCAAACUGCCAACUCAUUUAGAUUAGGAGUUAUCAGCAUACUAAAAGGAGUAUAAAUAAUUGGAAUUAUAAAUUAAAUAGUAGGAGGAUAAAAAGAAAUGGGGUGCAUCUGAAAAAUAGAAAUAAAAAGCAAAGUUAAUUAAAUUAAUAGAAGAGAUACAAUUAUCAAUUUUAAAUAAAUUAGAGUUGCCAGAGCCUGAGAACAAGAGUUGUAUCAUUUUCAAUUGGAUUGCUGGAUGUUUAAUAAAAGCAAAGAAAGGUCCUGUGCAAUUGGCAGAAUAACUUAAAUUGAAAGUGGAGAAAGUACAACUUUAACCUGAUUCUAUAAUCAAUUAACCUGCUCCUCCUUAAAGUGGAGGCAUAUUUGCAUGUGGUGGAAGGAAGCCACUCUCAAAUUCAAGGCCCUUAAAAAGAGCAGCAUUACCAGAAGAAGAGUAGAGAUACUAUGAAAAUUUAUUGGCAUGGAAAGCAAUAAAGUAGUAUGUUUUUUCAUAGGAAUUCAAAUUCUAAGAGAAGGUUACCACAUUCACUUAGGAUUUCGAAAAGUUGGAACCCUUUCAGAUAAUGUUGAUAGAAGAGAUUGUUUCAGAGAAGAAAGAGAUAAUCAAAGCAAUAUUUGAUAUUGAUAUCAAGGAUUAGGUUAGAGUGAUAAUCGAAAUUAAUGAAAUUGUGUUGUUUCUCUUGAAAGACAAUUAAGAAGGUCAAUAGAAUAAAAUAAAGGCAUAAGAGGCUGAAUAGAUUGAAUAGAAUAUGAGAUAAAAGGAGGUGGAGAUUUAAAUGAUGUAAAAACAAAAGAAUUACUUUGCUGGAAAAGAAAAAAGGUUGAUGAAUCUCAAAACCACAUUCUCAACAUUGUAAGUAACAUCAACUAAGAUUGCUGAUUUUGUUAAAGAAAAAAUGAAUACAAAUGAUUAAUUGUUUGCUCAAAUUGAAGUCUAAAGAAAUGCUGGACUUUCUAAAGAAUUAAAGGUUAAUUUGGAAGUAGAAGAUGUGUACAGAAGAAAGAGAUAUGAAUGGGAAGAAAAUUUGAAAAAGUAAUAGACGAUUGAAGAGGAAUAAAGAGAAGAGGAGAGAAAGAAACUUGAAUCUUAGUAAAGAAAGAAAGAGGAUGAGAAGAACGAUCAAUCUAUUAUUGAUAAUAAAGAGGGAGAAAAUAAUGUUUCUAAUAUUUAAUAAUAAGCUAAUGAAGAGGAUUCUGAUUAUUAAGAAGAGGAAUCUGAUGGAAGUUAAAAUGAUGAGGAAGAAAAAUAGGAUUGGAUAGUACUAGCUGAAGAUGCUGACACCAAACACAUUUAAAAGACUUUAUUUCCUGAUAAAAUAAAGACAGCUGAAAAUAAGAAUUUAGCCAAAUAAAAAAAUUAGGGAGAAUCUUUAAAGCAACUAAUGGCAAAGAGAAAGAAAAAUUGA